AUGGGAAGCAAAAAGGACGGAAAAGUCAAAGAAACCAAGGUUAAAGAAACUAAGGUCAAAUCGGAAGAGACGAUAUCUGGAGAUGACAACUAUGAAAAAAGAAUGGCUGCAGUGUUACCAUUUGCCAAACCAUUGGCAUCAAAGAAGUUGAACAAGAAAAUUUUGAAAACUGUCAAGAAGGCAUCCAAAGCCAAACAUGUGAAAAGAGGUGUCAAAGAAGUUGUCAAGGCAUUAAGAAAAGGAGAAAAGGGUCUUGUGGUUAUUGCUGGAGACAUAAGUCCUGCUGAUGUCAUAUCACACAUCCCCGUAUUGUGUGAGGACAAUGCUGUUUCAUAUGUGUUUAUACCUUCGAAGGAAGAUUUAGGAAGUGCUGGUGCUACAAAGAGGCCAACAUCAUGUGUCAUGAUUGUUCCAGGUGGAGGAAAGAGCAAAAAGAAUGCAGACAAGGUCGAUGAGUAUAAGGAGGGGUAUGAUGAAGUUGUAAAGGAGAUUAUUGCUUCAGAUUGA